GCACCUUGAUUCUCACCAAAGCCCACCCAAAGCCCUAUUUGUGUUGAUAGGUGUUUUUUUUAUUGAUAUUGAUAUAGGGGGAUCGGGUGUCGUUACGGUCGGAAAUAUUUAAUAUUUUAAUUUUGCUGCUAUGCUGCUGCUUUCAGAGAAUGAAUAUCACGAAGUGAAGGGCAAGGGUGGCCAUUCUUAUAUCCUAUGUGAAAGGAUGGGAAUGUUCCCGAACAUCCAUAAGGAGUUGUUUUCUGGCAAAGUGAUUGCUGUCCGCUGUGCAUCCACUGAAGCCAGUGCCAAGGAAUGGCUCCGCCUGUUUGAAGAAAAAACCAAAGCAUCUUUUUCUGUCAUGACCACUGGGUCAGCAAGGAGUAUGAAUCCCUGGGUUCUUUGUUAUAAGCGGCUCGUGUGCCAACACUAUGCUCGGCAAAAGCCUGGCAAGACUUGUAAAGCUUCGCCACGUGACACCGGAUGCCCCGUCACCCUCGAUAUACGCGUACGCAAAGUGACCUUCCAGAAAAAUGCCAAAAGCAGGUCCAAGAAGCCUGACGCGGGCUAUGCGCUUCAAGUGAAGGCUCGGGGCCAACACAACCACCCGCUGGAGACGGCGACGGUCCUUAAGUUCCGUCGGGUGAGCGAGCGCACGAGGGAGCGGAUCGUGGAGCUGUUUCGGCACCACCACUCGCCGGCGACGGCGCUCCGAACGCUGAAGCUGCAGCUGCAGGCGGAGUACGGCGAGCGGUACCCGCUGAUAGCGGCCGACCGCGGCAUCCUGCCCGAUACAAACUACUUCUACAAACUCCACAAGAAGUUCUUGGCUUCGGAGUGCGGCGAGCAGCGGACCGCGGGCAGUAUUGACCAGCAGCCGACCGCGGGCAGUGUCAACCAGCAGCCGUCCGCGGGCAGUGUUGACCAGCAGCCGUCCGCGGACAGUAUUGUCAACCAGCAGCCGCCCGCGGGGAGUGUCGACCAGCAGCCGUCCGCGGGGAGUGUUGACCAGCAGCCGUACGCGGGCAGUGUUGACCAGCAGCCGUCCGCGGGCAGUGUUGACCAGCAGCCGUCGGCGGUGCCUGACGGUGGCGACGACACGGCCUACCACGACGGCGACGACGGCGAGAUGGAGGAGACGGAUGGAGACGUGGAACCGAGCGCCAGCCUGUCUGGCCCGGACGACCACCUCCAGACCAUGCGAGACGAGAUAAAAGCUCGGCUGGACUCCUUCACACGCCGAGUGCUGAAAUCAGCUGUAACUUCAGAUGAGGUGGAAGACUGGCACCGUGCUGUCGUAGCUUUUGACACCAAGUUCAGCAAGAUGUCAAAGGCUGCGCGGAAGUUGGCCUUCUACAACUUCGGUGCGGCACCCGGGGGAGGACGGUCGGGCACCAGGACCGGCAGGAAGCCGACCAGCACCGCCGGGCGCACCUCCGCGACCGAACCCGAGUGUGUCCCGGCCGGCCAGUGGGCAGCGGUGAACACCAGUACACCGGCACAGCGGGUAGUCGCCGAGCCACAGAGUCUCAGCACCGUGUGGAUCCAAAUCGCCGACUUUGAAACGAUGGAGCAGUAACCGUGGUGUCGGGCUGACGAUCGACUCUCGGUCGGCGGUGGCGGGCUCACCGGCUGGCCGCUGUGUCAGCAGGGCGACCUGCUGGUGACGGAGGCGCCCGGCGGCUACCCGGUGCUGCUGCGCGACCACGACGCGCCGGCGGGGCGGGACCCGGUGCGCCGCUGGAGCCUGGCCUGCUCCGACCUGGAGCGCUCGGUGGCCGUGUGGAGGAGCGCGCCGCCGGCCGGGCACUGCUCUCGUUCGGCGGCGACCAGGCGCGACUGGAGCUGGUGGGGAGCGCCGCGCCUCUGGACCCGGCCGCCGCCUUCGGGCGGAGCGCGUUCGCCGAACGGACCGCAGAGCUCACCGGCGCUGAGGCACGGGUGCGUGUCCAGUGAGGUACCAUGCUCACGCCGCAGGCCACCAUGGGAGACGCCUGGUAAGGCGGACGUCAGCCGCGGGCGUAAGUGGUUGAAAUGAAGUUCAGUGAAGCAGUUGUGCCUUCUAUAAAUCAGGACUAGAGCUCCGCGUGCUUUCAAGUUGUUUUUUUUUUUUCUAGCGUUUCAGACAGUUUUUAGGAACGAAACCGCCCUAGUUCUCGUGAAUUGAAUAAGUGAAGCACAAUUCACCUGGUUGGGUUUGGGUACGUUGUUGUCUGCGUUGGCACGAGUGCCUUUUCCCGCUGGUUGCCAGGUUAUGCUGCCGAUCUAGUGUUGUGUUAUUUAUUGUCAAGAUGUUCCAGUGCAAAGCGACAGGCCACGAGCAGCAGUAAGUGACUCGAGUCCGUUGACGCGAGUGGUCCAAGUGGUAGUCGUAUGGCUGAUCCAAGCUUCAUUGAAGACGCAGAUGCCCGACAGACCUGAGAGUACGUCUCACCGCGCCGACCUAACUGGUGGUCCUUAAGAAAUGGGAGUUGGGAACAUGUUUCCGUGUUGCGUUGUCAUAUUGAUGAAGCUUAGGCUUGUAUGUGUAAAAUAUAUCCUCCACGAGUCAGUAAUGUA